AUGAUAAGAGAUAUGCGAGUCUCUUCAUUCAUUUUGGUUGCUUUUGUUUUGCUAGCUACUAACUUGGUGCAGCAAUUCAGUCUACAGGCUAAUGCAGAUAUGAGGCUGCGGAAAGUAGAAAGAAGACACAUACUGCCAAGUCCACCACCUCCUCCCCAUCCAAAUAGGAUCACCCGUUAUUUUAGACCACGUGUUUCCGGUGGGGCUGUGGCCCCAAUUUCUCCUUCACCGGCUGCAACAUGA